AUGUGGGAGGCUUUCAACUCCCUUCUGGCCGUUUUGAUCUAUGGGAUCGUGAUGUUCCCUAACAUUCACAAGUUCGUUGAUCUGGCCGCUAUAUGUCUUUUUGUGGAUAAGAAUCCGAUCCCUACUUUGCUAGCCGAUACGUACUAUUCUAUUCACUCUCGAUAUGGGAAAGGAGGAGCCAUAAGAAAUUGUUUGCCGUUGUUAUACACCUGGUUUAAGUCCCACCUACCUACAAGUGGUCCUUUCAUUACUUCUACUCAGAAAUGGCCUCAAAGGAUCAUGGGGCUUACCGGAAAUGACAUUGUCUGGUGUCCCACUGGAAUGGACGUGGAGAAAGUUAUAACUAGCUGUGACAAGCCUUUGGACAAAGAGAUAUUCAAAUCCGUUUGCUUUGAAAAGGGAACCGAUCCAAAGGGUCUAGAAAAAGUGAGGAGUGCCUGGAAUAGCAUCCAUACAGAUGAUCAGACUUCUCUAGGUGAAAAGAAUGCCGUUGCCAAACAAGCCUACACGGAUUGGGUUGAGGAUAGAGUUAAAGAUCGUCUGUUGCCUUUCCCGAAGGUUAAUCCAUUGUACAAGCAACCACCUAAGGUUCCAAUUGCCAUUAUGCCUACUGAGAAUUGCAUCCCAGUAAAUAUGGAAAGCACCCAAUUGCACGAAAAGAAGUCAGAUGCGCGACCAAAACAUCAUCUUGUGGACCAAAUAGGGGUUGAGUUGACACAUGAAGCCAAGGUGCUGAAAGAAGGAUCUGUGAGAGUUCAAAAGAGGGCUAGAACGGAAAAAGUUGUGUUGGCUGGAGAUUUUGUUUAG